CCUCUUUACGUAGACUAAAUGGAUAAACAUGUCCAGAAUGUAAUCCAACUUGAUUGGUUACAAACCUUUCCUUUUACUUCUUCCGGAAAUAGAAACAUGAAAUUACAGUUGGUCAACCACUUGACUUGCCAGGAAUUCAAAAUUUCCAUCAGCUCAUGUCAGGCAAAGUCCUGUUUCAUUCAGAUCUUCCAAACCCCUUUAUCACAGUAGGAUGUUCUUCAAAAUAAAUAGUCUUUUCUUUUUCUUUUUUCCCUCAGCAACCGGUAAUAGAAGAGGAUAUAAUACGUUUUCUUCUUUCAACUUUCGACUUUCGCCUUUCACCUUUCACGCAGAAAACAACUUCUAUAUUAAAAGCUUUCCCCAGCAAUCCCAGUGCACUCUUUGCAAUCCCAAACAAUCUUUAAUCAGUCAACAGGGGCACUAAACCUGUUUAACAGACAGGUUCCACACAAAUUAAAAACUUUCUUUCCAUGUUCCGCCCUGCAGAAGAACCUGAAAAAUCAUACUGCAGUGAUAAGGAACUUCCUUGAUCCUUCUGGUUAAAUCUGCCACUUCUUCAAAUGGGCUCUUUUCAUACCGUCACUUUGAUAGUAUUUCUUUCACUAGCAUCUUCAACAGGAUUGCAGAUUGAGGCCCAGGGAAUAAAAUCAGCUCGUCUUCUUGAUCUUGUGAUCAGAGAUUACACUUUCCAAUCUUAUGAUAGAUUCUUCGGCACAGGCAAACUACACGCUGUAAGUUUGCCAGCAAAUCUCUCUGGAAUCAAGGUUGACACAGUGAGAUUCCGCUGUGGCAGUCUUCGAAGGUAUGGUGCAAAAGUUAGCGAAUUUCAUCUGGGGACAGGUGUAACUGUGAAUCCAUGUGUAGAGAGGGUAUUGAUAGUCGCUCAAAAUCUUGGAUCCAACUGGUCAUCCAUAUAUUAUGAUAACUAUGAACUAUCAGGAUAUCAGCUGAUUUCACCAGUUCUAGGCCUACUAGCUUACAAUGCUGGAGACAACAUAAAUUUCAGCAGCCCAUUUGAGCUCGGCAUUCAAGCAGGCAAAGACCCUAUUAAGAUAGACUUUCGGAACACUACAAAGUUAAACGCUACAACGGGGAUCAUACCUUUGUGUGCUCGAUUUGAACGCGAUGGAAAGGUGACGCUAGCCAACCAAGCAUCACCAAAUGUAUGUGUUUCCACAAGACAAGGGCACUUUGGCUUGGUCAUCGAGUCACCAUUGAUGCCAAUGAAAAAGCAGCAAUAUUUGUUAAGGUGAAGAAGAAAGCAAGAAUGGAAGAGUUGGAAAGAAGAGCUUAUGAAGAGGAAGCUCUGCAAGUAUCAAUGGUUGGACAUGUGAGAGCUCCUACCGCAUCUGUCACUCGAACAGUGCCUAUAAUCGAGCACGAGUACACACCUCCCCCCCAUUGAUCUGCUAGUUGUUUAUCUCCAUAAACAUCAUUCUUUGUGUAAGAUCAUCUGAAAUUAUAGGUUUAUCUUUAUAGAUUGAAACGUAGGCUUGGAAUAUUUGCGUAGUCUUUGAUACCUCAAAUCAAGCUGACUAAUUGUUGUAUGUAAUCUUCUGAUCUGACAAAUUCUUCUGUUGCACCAUUGAGUUGAGAAACAUUGUGAUUCAUUAAUUGUC